AUGUCCUCCUCGUGCCGCAUACACAUUCUUCCAGCCGAAGAGACGGACUUUCCGGAGCUUGCCCAAGUCGAACAAAUGGCUUUUGAUCAUGACGACAAGGGCAAUGAGGAGAGCAGUGUUAUGCAUAUAAUGUUUGGAUCCUUCAAUGCACAGAGCCAAGCAUCUCGAUGCGAAGAACUAUCCCACGACACGCAGACAGAUCCGACCUUGGAAAUUUAUAAAGCGGUUGUCUGUGAUGGAAGUUCAGAACGAGGCAAGGUCGCAGGUUGGGCCCAGUGGCAUUAUUAUCUCGAGCCUAAACAGGUCGACCAUUGGAAGAAUAAGGACUGGUCUUGGACGCGAAAUCCAGAUGCCUCCAACGAGUUCUUCGGAGCAAUAGAGACUGCGAGAAACAUUCACAUGUCUGGACAGAGAUUCGCACUGCUUGCGAUUCUUGUGACACUUCCGGAAUACCAAGGACAGGGUAUCGGAUCCUCCUUAAUUGAAUAUGGCCUUAGGGAAGGUAGCAAAAGGGGACUUACGCAAGCUUGGCUAGAGGCGUCUCGGAAAGGAUACUCGCUCUAUCGGAAGUUUGGCUUCGAGGAUGUCGAUACCAUUCAAAUAGACUUGAUCCAAUAUGGAGGUGUUGGGAAGUCAGACUUUAUUUGUAUGAGAAAGUCAUGUACUGAUUUAGUUACCUAG